GUCGAGCGCGCCGCCACGCAGAUCACGUCGACAGGGACCAGCCUCCCCCUGCCGAGGAUGCCCGUUAAUGAGCGUACCUGCUGAGGAAGUGGGGGUGGACCCCAGGUGUGCUGUUUCAGGAAACGCGAUUAUAUUACGAUUUGCGUUUUGGAGAAGGACGAAGACUAUAGCUAGAAGAGAAACCUUAUGAGAAAAUAAUAGGCCUGGGUUUGCACAGUUCAUUGAGAAUCAUGCGGCUCCGAUGGACAAAUAGCUAUGAUUCUGACCUCAGCAUUCACUUCAUCAACAGAAAUACGGCGCAGUGCAACAGAUGACAUACUAACGGAGAACAAAGUGGAGGUGAUUUGUAACUUAAGUGGCGGAUCACACGAAUUGCCUUGAAACGAAUUCAGCAACUGCCGUCACCUUAACUUUAUCGUGCUGCCUUUAUUAGACUGAGACUGUGAGUUUCAUCUGCAGUGAUUUCUUGCAGAUUUUUGUAAGAAUAUAGAGCAUAUAUAUUUUUUUUUAUACUACAUCAUGAUUCAUUUCUAGUCGGUCUUUGAAAUAUAGUUUGGAAGAUUAAGAACUCUAUGUAAAGACAGCGUGAUUUGGGUUAUUCAAUGCAGUGCAACUUAUAUUAUACCAGAAUCUUAUGUUUUCGAUGGGACACGUCAAGUAUUCACACAUGUGUCAAUGUUUCAAAUGUCCAUGAAGCUGUCUUCCUGGAGGAGGAUUUAUGGCAGAAAAUAUGCCACCAUUCUGAUUUAUAAGAUGUCAAAUUAAUGCUUGGCAUGUUCAGUGUAGAAGUGAUUUAGUGGCUAUUUGACCCAUGUCACGUUCUAUUUUUUCUAUGCUCAUGGCCUGUUACACGCGAUCUGAAGCAAAGGAAACGUGAUUCCGAUCGAAGAAAGAUAAGAAAAGAAUAUACCUUGCAGUUCGAAAACUCAAACGAAGAACUUUAUCAUAGCAAAUGGGAAAAAAAAACACCACAGAGUUGCAAAAGUGUUGUGAGCGAUGGUUAGCAUCAACAGUGCUAUCGGUGCUUCCUUCGGCGCGAGUGGGACCCCUGGCGGAGAGAGGAAGGACGGUCUAAGGGAUAAAGUGAACGUGGGUGCCCUUCGCUUGUCGCUGAGUCCCUCGCGUUGGAGGAAGGACGAAGAGGAGGAGGAGGAGGAGGAGGAGGAGGAGACCCCUAAAGUCCUAGCAUUGGACGGGGCGCAUCUUAAGAACGUGACUGAACUGGACGUGAGCGACAAUGGCAUCACCAGCCUGGACGUGUCGUGCCUGGCCUCCCUCACCGACCUCACCUGCUCCAACAACGCCAUCACCUCCCUCACUCUCCACGCCGGUUCUCUCGUCUCCCUCAUCGCCAGCAACAACCGGCUGAGCCGACUCGAAGUGCGUUUCCAUCCCCGGAAACUAGCUCGUCUCAAUCUAUCCAGGAACGAGCUGUCAGCUGUACCGCCAUGGCUGGUUUCGAGUACAGAAGUCACAUUGGUGGACGUGAGCCACAACAAUCUCGCGACGUUACCUGCUUUCCUCACUUCGGGACACCUGCGACGCCUCCACACCCUCUCUGCUCACCACAACCAUCUCUCCACCUUCAUGGUCCCCCAACGUGCGAUGUCUGAGCUACCCAGUAACCACUCGUAUCCCAACGUAGCCCACAGUUCCUCUUCCACGCCGUACCGAUCGCAGCAUCACGGCCGAGAACAAGCCCAAGGUCAGAGCUCGUCCAUCAACCCACACGAAGAACCGAAGUGGUGUUCACUCGAGGUGCUUUUGCUACACCACAACCGCCUCACUUCUCUGCCCAGCUGCCUCUUCACUUGGCUUAGCAGAUUACGAGUUCUGAACGUAAGUACCAACCAGCUGUCAGCGCUGCCUUCCCCUGAAGGACGACGAGGACGCGGGUCGCCAGAUGCUCGAGACGAGACAGGCCCUCAGACCAGCUUCCCGCUCCAGGAAGUAUAUGCAGCAGCUAAUAGACUUCGGGAUCUCACUCCUCUCCAGCACUGUAGAGCUCUACGCAUCCUCCACGCGCCUUACAAUAGGAUAGCCAGUUUACAGGAUAGGUUGAUAUGGUCUUGGGAGUUACUGGAGGAGCUGGUACUGUCAGGGAACGUCUUGAUGAAUGUGCCAGCUGGAGUGUCCCGUCUGCGUCGCCUCCGAGUCUUAAAGGUUCAUUCUAACCCACUGCGUUGCCUUCCCCGUCUGGCCCACCUCUCUGCUCUAAAGGUAGUGGACGCGUCUCACUGCCAGUUGGGCCGCGUCGAACUUGAGGAGUUGGUCUCGCCGGGGCUGGUGGCACUCGACAUCUCGGCCAACACAGCGCUUUCCCUCGACCACCAUCAGUUUACAAAGUGCAAGUCUCGACGGCCAGUAAACGUAGUCGAUGUCACCAGUCGUUCCGGGCGGUCCUUGCCCCUGACCAAGCCUCACGCGUCUCAGCUCGCGUCAUCCCAAGACCCAAGCUUCAGAGGAAAGAACGACGCUUUCCCAAAGUUACCCUGGACGUUAGGCUUUGCUGAAACCAUUGGCAGAGACUCAAAGUUGACUGUAGGCCAGCUAAGGGUGCCAGAUAUAGCGGGCGAAGGACGUGUCGGCGUCGCGGCCUUAGCAGACGGAGGCCAAGAAGUGGGAUGCGUUGGAAGCCUCCUGACAGCACUUCCCGCGUUACUUCAGGAGGAAAGAGCUUGUUCUCGCUCGCACACAUAUGCUCUGAAAUAUGCGCUUCUUACCGCCCUGAGACGACUGCGGUCCCAAGGAGCCCCUUUACCUAGCGCAGUGUGUGCCGCCCACUUAGAACUCGAGGGCGUCGAGUCCACCCGGUGCCCUGUCCUGCGCCUCUGCUGUUACGGUGCCGUGUCUGCCGCUGUGACGACGACGCACGGAGAACCUAUUUUCGUCACAACGUCAUCUCCUCGAACACAACAGAAUUGUGUCAGAAGCUGUGAUGACGGCGUGAAGUGUGCGUUAGGUGAGCCUGUCACUUUGCCCGACCCACACACGACAGAGUUGUACCUGGGGCCCCACCAUACCGCUGUUGUGAUUGGUAGUGCGAGUUUUUGGGAAGUUAUUGGGACAGAUGAAGUGGCGAAUGUAUGUGGUGAAAUGAACGAUCCAGGCAAAGCAGCAAAGCGACUGUUGGAUCUGGCACAAGGUUAUGGCACUCGCCAGGCCCUUAGUGUCAUUGUCGUGCGCCUUCUGCCAGCGCACCACAAAUGGCAGAGCCGUUCGUCCGUAGAGUGUACGCAGUUAAGUUCAAGUAGAUCAAAAUCCAAAAGUGUUGAAUUACUCAGUGGCGACAGUACACUCCACAGACGGAAUUCUGUGGAUGAAGACGCUCUGGCCCACCGAGUGCAGCUCAACAGAAAAACGACGUCUGUAGAUGUGUCCACUAGCACAACAGAAAACGAUGACCACAGAAGGAAAUUGAGGUCAAACAGUCAUAGUAAAAAAAGUAUGAGUUCACCCUUACGUAACGACACGAAUAAAAGCAGGGUGGUCAGUGCUGUUCCGAAGAUGAAGAGUCGUUCAGAGAGGAAUCUCGUGGAAAACAUUGAAGAUCUGGACCGUUCUUCGCCCAGUGGACAGAGCCAGAGCGAUCACAGUGAACACGAUUCUGAUAUCCAGAAACACAGUGCCAGAGCCAAAUCGCCCGAAUCCAUUAUCCCUCCCAAACCCCGGGCGUUGCGGCCUAACCUCGAGGAUCUUUAUGCCAAACCCAACCGAAGAAAACGGGAAACAGGAAGUAAACCCGAGUUAGGAUCAAAGCCAGACCCCGCGAAGACAAGCACCGUCCAGCAGGCAGUCACAUACUACCACUACCCUCGACCAGACCCGUCGCAACCAUCCCCUCAGAACCACCUGGCGUCGCACCUGCUCAGCAUGGGGCACACCGAACUAGACGACGGCGUUCUGGCACCCCCUGCUGGCUUCGCUGACACCGGGAGUGACUCGGAGGACAGUGAUAGUGGCCUCAGUGGCGUGAGUGGAGGACACCAGCGCACGAGCCCCAUGCAGCACGCUCACUCCGAGGACAAUAUUCUAGGCAAUGAUCCUGAGCAGGUUACGGAGGAGCAGUUUCGCAGCUGGGAGUAUCUUCUAGCCCGCAACGCAAAGCUCCUCUUCAUGCGUGAACUGGACACCUUGACCCGCUCGAAUUCACGCUGCAGUCCACUCCCAACCGCGUCCGCUCCCGACCUGGUCACGGCCACGACUACGGAACCCGACGCAACUACUCACUUCCAACGCAACCCGAUCCGCAAAUCCCGCUUGGGUAGAGGAACCUUCCGUCUUAUCCAGAGCAAAUUGAGUGCCACGACAAGUAAAUUUAGCACCUUACAACGAUUUAAAAGUAACGCUUCUAAAAACGAGAGUAAUUUCCGCCGAUUUGGGAGCUUACAGAAUUUGAAGUACUAUCAACAGAACCGUCCAAGGCCAUCUCAUUACCCGUUAGUUCAACCCGACCUGGCGACAGAAAUGCAAGAGCGACCGGCUUUGGAUUCACUCGAGUUGGAGACCCGUAUGCAUCACUACUGGCACACGGGUGUCACGAAUUUCUAAGUUCAGGAACUUCCAACGUGAGUAAAAAUAAAAAUAAGAACAAUUAAAGGCAUUUUAAAGCUAAAUCACAAUGAACCAAAUAGAACUGCAGUAGGUUUUUUGUAGCCAGGGUUUUCGUCAUGAAUGUGAACAUUGGUAUUGAUACCACUUGUAUAUCUCCACAAUAAAGCAAUGACUUAUC